CAUUUAUUGGGUUAGCAAUGGGACGGUUUAACCCGGACGCUCAAACUCCCAGCUCUGACAUGGAAACAAAGUGAGGAUCCAAAUAUCGCUUCCAAUGUAAACCAAGCUCUCGGAGAAUAAGAAACAGUGAAGUCGAACAAAGGAAAUGCAUUUCCUCGGGGUGCCCCAGUCCAUGAAGGAGGAGAUCCACAAAUCUGCUUAUCUACUGAAAGAAUACACUGCUGAUUCAAGCAAAGGACCUGAUAAAUCGAUCCCGGCGGCCAUAUUUGCCAAAGCUAAAGGAGUAGCCAUGAUAAGCUACUGUGGGUUGGGCUGCUUUAUCUCUGCUCGUGGUGGAUCAGGGAUAGUGGUUGCUAAGACACCCUCUGGUGGUUGGUCCGCCCCCUCCGCAGUGGGUAUUGUAGGAAUUAGUGGUGGGUUCGACUUCGGCAUUGAGAUGACAGCGAUUAUAAUGAUGCUCAUGACAUCUAACGCCGUCAAAGCGUUCAUGAAAGGAAAAAAUGUCAUGCUUGGUGGAAACAUUUCAGUUGCAGUGGGGCCUCUAGGCAGGGAUUUAGAAGUAGACAUGACGGUGAGGGCUCCAGCGGCGAUGUACACCUACGCUAAGGCUAAAGGUCUGUACCUGGGUAUCAACCUGGGUGGAACCCUCGUGUUGGAGAGACGGAAAGCGAACGAGAAGUCUUAUGGUGCCGGUGUUAGAGCUGAAGACAUCUUAUCAGGGAGAGUUGAUCCUCCUCCCGAGUGUUAUGUACUACAUGAUGUAUUGAGAGAAUUGACACGGAACUCUAAAAGAAAAGCCUUCCAACAAGCGGUCGAUGUGGGUAGUAAAGCUGCGGAGAAGAAAUACGGAAUUAAAGGUCUAAACAAGCACGCAAAUAAGAACGCAGAGAAAGGACUAGCUGCUGAAGACAAAUACCACAACAAGACAAGCUCCUCAUCUUCUAGAGACCAGAAAACUAACUCCUCCUCACAUUCCAUCAGCUUCAUAGACGGAAGAAGGCGUAAGUCCAAAUUCCUCUCGAAGAGUAAGCCAAAGAGUAAGCCCUCAGUGAAGACUCACGGUAGUAAAGGUCCGCCUAGAGCGGCUCCCUCCCGCCCUACCACAUCUAAUAAGAAAGGUCCAGCCCCCCAACCUAAGAGGACCCCGGCUCCCCCUCCUCCUGUACAAAGGUCCUACAACGCUCAGACCGUUACAGACUCGGGUGCCUCACCCCAGCAACAGCCCCCCAGAAUAUGGGGCGAGGCUAUCUUUCCCUUCAGUGGGGAGAUGACUUGUGAUAUUUCCUUUCAGAAGAGUGAUCGAAUUGAGAUUCUGACAAGGACACCGCUAGAGUUUGACUGGUGGGAAGGGCGGCUUCACGGGAAAGUGGGAAUAUUUCCCGCUAACUACGUUAGGGUUGUAUCUUGAAGUUUGGACUGUUUUGAAAACUGACGUGGAGUUAUGUAAUUUGUUAUUUUGCUAAUUAAGUUCUUGUUUAUUUCUGUUUUUAGGCGACCAUUAUUGAAUAUGAUGUAUUUUAUGUCCUCUUGAAUAACUCUAAGAUAUCAAAGAUUUAUAUCUUGUUUAAACAUAAUAUGUUCUAAAUAAUUUCCAUUAAUUAAUUAGUAUCGACUUCAAAAUAAUAAAUUCGGAUUUUUUGACUAUCCAUUUUUCAAAGUUUGGAAUACUUAAAUGUAUGCAACGAAUGAUGAUUAUAUAUUAAUGAUUUCAGACAAUAUUUAUAAAACAAACCUUGUUAAUACCAAUCAUUUAUCAAUAAUUU